UCAGGAGAUCCCCAGCAAGAUUUAGAAUAUGAGAGACAAUACCAUUCCUCUUCAUUUAUCGUACCUGAGGUCAUCAAAACGUUUCUUCUUAAAUUUCAAGGUCAUAUCUUAGACCAGAAUCUGUAUGAGAUUCAGGAUGCUUAUGAAAAUGGGUUUACUCAGUUAACAGAAAGUUUUUUCAAGACCUCACCCUGGCCAGAAGCUGAAAGUAUUGCUCCUAUUAUUGGAAAAGAAGGUAAAUUA